AGUAAUAAUACACUUCUCCCUUCAUAACCCGACCCGAAACUCAUCCUCUUGGUGCAGUUCAGUUCCUAUAAAAACCUCAAACUAGAGUGCCUACUCUUCUCACUCAAACUCUCUCUUCCUCAAUCUCUUUUUACCAUCUUGUUACACAUUAACAAUGAACAUGGGGUUCACUUUUAGAAAUGUAGGCAUCUAUGCAUUAGUGUUGCUAAUGGCUAGUGGAAUGGCCAUGGGAGCUGCCCCAAGGAAGGCUGUGAAUGUACCAUUUGGUAGAAACUAUGUUCCCACUUGGGCUUUUGAUCAUAUUAAGUACUUCAAUGGUGGUAAUGAGAUUCAGCUGCUUCUCGACAAAUACACUGGUACUGGAUUUCAGUCCAAGGGGUCUUAUCUUUUCGGGCAUUUCAGUAUGAAUAUCAGGAUGGUUCCCGGAGAUUCUGCUGGCACAGUCACUGCCUUUUAUCUAUCAUCACAAAACUCAGAGCAUGAUGAGAUAGAUUUUGAGUUCUUGGGGAACAGAUCAGGGCAGCCCUAUAUACUACAGACUAAUGUCUUCACCGGUGGAAAAGGUGACCGUGAGCAGAGGAUUUUCCUCUGGUUUGACCCCACCAAAGACUUCCACUCCUACUCUAUUUUGUGGAAUCUCUACCAGAUUGUGUUCUUGGUUGAUGACAUUCCAAUCAGAGUGUUCAAAAACAGCAAAGAUUUGGGCGUGAAAUUCCCAUUUAAUCAACCAAUGAAAUUGUACUCAAGCUUAUGGAAUGCCGAUGACUGGGCAACAAGGGGAGGAUUGGAGAAGACAGACUGGUCCAAGGCACCCUUCAUUGCUGCUUACAAGGGCUUCCACAUUGACGGAUGUGAGUCGUCAGUGAAUGCCAAGUUCUGUGCCACUCAAGGACAACGCUGGUGGGAUCAAAAGGCCUUCCAAGAUCUUGAUGCCUAUCAGUAUCGUCGCCUGAAAUGGGUUCGCGAGAGAUUCACAAUCUACAAUUACUGUGCUGAUCGAAAAAGGUUUCCUACAAUGGCACCCGAGUGCAAAAGAGAUCGCGACGCCUAGUUGAUCAAUCUGGAUCAUGGCUGUGCAACACCAUUCUGUUCUAAACCAACAUUUACCUUCUCUUUUGUACUUAUAUUUACUGCAUUGUAUGUUUGAUUCCUCUUGUAUCCUACAUAUAUGCAUCAUGCAUCCCUGCGGAUUAUGUUGCUGUCAACAUUACAAAAAUAUAUUUAUAUAUGCAGCUCACUCUUUGUGAGGACUAUUUGCUCCUAUAAUAUUUCAGUUCACAAA